CGCAGCUCCUACAGCAGGCUUCAAGCACACCUCGACACCCACGCACGCCAGCGCAUACACAAUACCAUAUCGGUACGAUGGAGGAAAACCGUCUUUUUCGCUUCCCCAAGCCGGCAUGGCUGAACAGCGCAAACACGCGCACCUUCGGCGUCUACACUGCAGGAGCUCUGUUUGCGCUUGGCUUCUACGCGCUCAUCGAUGUCGCCGUCUGGUCCAAGUCGAUCAUGAACCCCUCCGACCCGCCCGUUCACGUUACCUUCAUCGACUGGAUACCUGGCAUCUGCUCUGCUCUGGGCAUGCUCGUCAUCAACUCGAUCGACAAGUCGCGGCUGUCUGCCGACAGCUUCAGCUAUAGCGGCAACGGCGUUGCCUGGAAGGCGAGGCUGGUGCUCUUCUUAGGCUUUGCGCUGCUGGCUGGCGGGCUGGCGGGCAGCGUGGUCGUGCUGGUCAUGAAGUAUAUCGUGCCGGGCUAUGUUUGGCCAACGAUCUGGAUGGGCGUUGGAAAUGUCGUUUCGAAUGCGCUGGUUAUGUUAAGCUCCGCUGUGCUUUGGAUCGCACAGAACAUGGAGGACGAGUACACCUACAAUUUGGCGCUUUGAGAGCGAUCGUCGAACGAGUAGCACAUGUAUCGUGCAAGGCUGCGAACCAGGGAGGGUAUGAUGAUUAUGAAAGCGGAAAGCAGUGUUGAUGUCUUGUGUAUGGCUGUAUGCAUAUGUUUGGAGCGUUUUAUGAUGCUAGUGCCAGAGGUGGCGUUCUGUCACAUUGACGGUUCAAAUUAAUGAUAUUCUCGGCGUGAGCCGUUCACAAC